AUGAAAUAUAUUUUAGGAAAGAAAAUAUUGAAAUUAUUUAUUAAUAGUGAUUCAAAAUUUUUUUCUCUUUCUAUUUCAGAAUUACAAUAUUUAAAUAUUUUAGGGACUGAACAGUGCUUUUCAGAAAUCGAAUAUUUUUAUUCUGAUAAUAAUGCUAAUAGUAAUAUUUUAAAAGGAUUGGCUAAAAUAAAUACAUCAAUUAAAAAAUUGGAAUUUUAUAUUAUGUAUAUCGACGACGAUGAUCAUGGAAUCGUUAAAUUAAUUGAAGUUCAAAAAAGCUUAAAAGAAGUCAUCUUUAGGAAUUCAAGGGGAACUAAUGAAACCUAUUGCAAAUUACUUGAAAACUCACUAAUUACGUAUGCAAAUAGUGUACAAUAUUUGAGAAUAGAUUGGAAGCCUAUCACAGAAUUUCUUUCAAAUUUUGUAAAUUUAGUAAGUUUAGAUUUAAUGGAUCAUUCUUAUGAUUAUUUCAAAACUUGGAAUAAUUUAGAAAAAGCAUCAUUUCCUUUUUUAAAAUUUUUAAAAUCUGAACGAGUUCCACCUUGGGUUUUAGCAAAUUUAAUUAAAAAUACAAAAGGUCAUCUCAUUAAAAUUAAUAUUUUUAAUUAUCAAGAUGUUGAUGAUGGAAGACUUAUCAAAGCAAUUUAUCAAAAUUGUCCGAAGCUUAAUUAUCUUAGAUUACAAUUAUCAAAUGAAUAUGUUUCAGAUUUUGAAAGUUUAUUAAUCAAUUGUCAAUUUUUAUUUAAAUUAGAUAUUAUUGGUAUGGAUAACUUUAAUUGGAAUAAAUUAUUUGACAUAUUGACAAAAUUUUCACCAAUUAACUUGUACAA